UGCCUGUGUGAGUGAUCUUGACUCCAGGUCUCCAGUCCCAAGGACUCACCCUGUCUGCUUGUCUGCCAGAUGCCUGGAGCCCUGAAUCCCAGCACCAGCUAGUCUAUAGGAAGUGGAGGAGAACGUGUCCUUUCACAAACACUGGCUACAGAGGCUGAGGCAAAAGAAAGAAAAAGAAGAAGGGAGGGGAAUAAAAAGGAGGGAGAGAGAAACAAAACUAAUCCCAGCCCUUGACGGUGCUGCUUGGAUUGGAUCUGGUUUGAGUUUUCUCCCUGCUGACUUGUGUAGCAAGAGAGGAGGAGUGGGGGGAAAUAAGUAACUGACUCUUCGUCUGAAGCUUGAGCAAACCUGCGGGGUGACUCCACUGGUGGGAAGCUUUCCUGGGUGCAAUUGCCUCAUAGUUUAUUGCUCCCAGUCACUAAAACAAUUCCUGAACUUCUCAAGAAUCUGGAGGAAAAAGCUGUCACUUAACUUGAUCUGACUGUUGCUCAUUUCCUAUAGACUGUACUUUUUUUUAGGCAAUUCUUUUUCCUGUCUCUCCCAGGACGGCCGUUUCCUGAGCGUGUGGCAUUGAAAUCAAUUGAGUUGUUUUGUUAACAAACCUUGGGAGUUUUUUUUUCUUUUUAGCCCUCUGCUGUUUUUUAAAUCCCUCUUUUGGUGGGGAGGGGGAGAUGAUGAUGCUGAUAUGGAAUAAGUACUCCUGCUGUCUCCUCUUACUAGCCGUGAUCCUGAUGGUGGAGAGCUCCCAGCUAGACAGCUCCAGCUCCAAGGUGAACUCAAUCAAAUCCACCCUGAUGGGGGAGGCUCCAACACAGGCAACCAACAGAUCUGCAGGCAUCCACCAGGGACUGGCACUCGCGAGUAAGAAGGGCAAGCUUCUCAGGCAGAUGGGAAAACCUCCAAAACAUCAUCAUCGGCAAGGAGAGGCAUACCCUUGCACUAAUGAUAAAGAAUGUGAAGUUGGGAGAUACUGCCACAGUCCUCAUCAAGCUACUUCUGCUUGCAUGAUCUGCAGAAGGAAAAAGAAGCGUUGCCACAGAGAUGGCAUGUGCUGCCCUGGGAAUCGCUGUAACAAUGGUAUUUGCAUACCAGUAACUGAAAGCAUCCUUACUCCUCAUAUCCCUGCUCUGGAAGGGCCACGCAACAAGAAAAACGGUGUUUAUACUAGCAAGGACAUGGGCUGGCAGAAUCUGGGGAGACCACAAUCCAAGCUAUCACACAUAAAAGGGCAUGAAGGAGACCCCUGCUUACGGUCAUCUGACUGCAUUGAGGGCUACUGCUGCGCUCGCCAUUUCUGGACCAAAAUUUGCAAACCUGUGUUGCAUCAAGGAGAGGUGUGUACCAAACAGCGCAAGAAAGGCUCUCACGGUUUGGAGAUUUUCCAGCGAUGUGACUGUGCUAAAGGGCUGUCUUGCAAAGUAUGGAAAGAUGCCACUUAUUCUUCUAAAUCAAGACUUCAUGUAUGUCAGAAAAUCUGAAUGAGGAUUGGAAAAAUGUUACUAACAGACUGUGAAUUUGUGUAUUUAAUACAUUGCAGCAGGGCGGGAAAUGAGGAUUGUAAAUAAACACAGAAUGGUUAAAGUAAUGAUUGUGGUAGGAAUAGAAAUCACCCCAAACUGCAUUUGUUUUGAACUGGAGGUGAAUGCUGUGGCAGCUGGAGUUUUUCCAUUGUGCAAUUUUCUUUGUGUAAAUAAUUUCGACAGUUUGUGGAAAAUGCUAUUUUAAAAAAGCACAAUGGAAAUUAUUGACAUUUACCAAGCUGCAUGAUCCCAUAACUUUUCAAGAGUUCAGUGUUGGGGUGGGAUAGGUUUCCACCAUGGUAAUGAUUGUUCAACAAAUUGUAUACAGCAUAUUCCAACACAAAGCAGUGCUUUAGAGGAAGACUUUUUCUGUUAACACGUUAUUGGCUACUAAAAAAUUUGUGAUACAUUGCAGCAGUUAGUGAUGGGAUUCAAAGUUACUGUGAAUGUCCACACACAAUUUUAAUCAGCUCUGUCACUUGAAAAAAGAAAGCACUCCUGCAGGGCAAGAGUGCGAGAUUUUGCUGGCCCAGAGGAAGUGGCAAAAUCUCACCACACAGAGAUAGCAAGACAUCAGUGGCAGUUUUUCUCAAAAGAGGCAUUUAAACAGUGGUUUUUUGUUUAAUAUAUAUAUAUAAAUAUAUAAUUAUAUAAAUAUUUAAACUGAAAUGCCUUAAUCAGUCCAUUUUCAGUUACCAUCAUUAAUAGGCUAUAUUUGUCUAGGUAUACUGCUAACAAAAAUGGAGCUGAGCAGAGAAAGCAAAAUAUGUAUAUGAUGCAUGCAGAAUGAUGCCCAUGCAGUUGCUCGUAGGCCUACAAAAUAUAGUUUUCUCGCCAGAAUGUGCUUGCUUUAAGAAUAGUUCCAUACGGUGAUUUUUUGAAAAGUUAUGAACAUCUGAAUAUGGAAGGUUAUAACAUAAAUUGUUUUGCAACUUUAACUACAACAGAUGCUGCCUGCAUCUGCUACAAUUAGAUUGCAUGCUAAUCAGUUAAAAGUUUCAUAUUAUGACAGUACCAAUAGGCUGUUAGUGUAAAACUGGCUUUGCUUUGGUUUGAAAAAGCUAAAAUAGAUUGGAUUCAUCUUGCAUGGUCAGCAAAAAAGAUUAGAGUUGAUUUUUGCGAGCAUCUCAGAACAGACACUGACGUGAUGCUGUCAUCUAUGACAUGCUGCAUGUGAUCAUGUGAUGUAACAAAACAGCUCAGACUGAAAAGAGAACAGGUUCUGGUUGAAUGCAUUCUAAGAAGCUUGGAUAUUGUUGUGAACAUUGCAUUCACAUUGACUACAGUCGCUAAAGUCAUUUAUUAACAUAACUACAGUACCACCCUGUUCGUGAUCUAGAAAAAACCAAAGAUCCUCACCAUCUGACUUUUCUCCUAAUGUCUUUACACCUCCUCUUACUUUGCUCACUUAUUUUAAAGAAUGAUAUUUGUGUCAACGUAAGUAAAGAGACAGGAGUUUCUUUUUUUUUUAAACCCAUCUGAUUAUAUGACUUACUGAAUUAUCUGUUCUGUAUUUUAGAAGGCAAUGGCUUUCCUCUUUGGUUAAUCAAUUCCAAAUAGUUUGGGUAGAGCAGUGAGUAGUUUAAAUGUAAAUACCAACUUUUUACUGUUUUUUCUCUCUGUAUGACACCUUUUCCCAUCCUGGCAUUUCUGCACCAGUGCCUUUUGUAUAAAUAAUAGUUCAUAUACAUCUUCUGACUCAAACUCUCUUACUGUAAAUCAGAUCUGAACUACACUUCUGUAUGUCUGAUAAGAAUCUAAAUUCCAAUAUAUAUACUGGAUUAAAAAGAAUGAUUUAUAAUAUACUAUUUUUCAUAUCCAAGACAGUUUUUUAUUGUUCUAAAGGGAAUGGCCUGUAGAGAGAGGAUCUCGUAUUCCUUAUUGUAAUGAUCUGAUUCUGGUCUCACUGUCACAAGUGCUACAUUAUUUCAACUCCAAUGUUUCAACAGUUACUUCAGUGCAACUGAGAACAGAAAUCAGGCCUGGAAAGCGAAUCAUUUCAGCAGAACAGAUGAAAUAUCUUUCUUUCUGAAACCCUUUCUUACACUGCAACAGCGCAUACAGAUAAGAGCAGUCACAAUGAUUUCAGUGUGUCUACUUUAAGAAUAAGAGGUUACAAAAUUGCCCUCUCCCCAUGAUUUGCAUCUUACCUACUGACUUUCUGCAUAACCCUCCCUUCUCAGCACAAAACCUAGUAUUUGGAAUAAUUUAUUUACAGGAAAUGUUUAAUGAGAUUUAUUUUCUUAUAGAGAUAUUUCUUACAAAAAGCUUUACAGCAGAAUAUAUAUUCUGCCUGCUGACUUUGUAAUUUACAAAAAUAAUGAACAAUAAGUUUAAAUAUAUUAAAUGUCCUUUUUCCUCAAAAUAUUUACUUACAUUCCUCACCUGCUGAUUAGGUUUUCAUCAGAGGGGCUGGAUUGGCAGGUGCACUCAGUAUUGGCAAAACAUAAUGAAUCAAGCCCCAAAAUAAAUAGAUUGGCUUAAAAUCAUUAGACAUAUUUUAAAAUUGGGGUUCUUUGGAGUUAUCUGGUUUCUGAAUUUUAGGGUGCAUUUGUUUAAUAUUUUCUUGAGGAUUUUUUACAGAACUAAGAGGACUAGAAACUUUCAUUUUCCAAGAAAAGCUAGGGUUUUCAGAUAGUCUCUUGACUACAAUUGCAGGGAUUUAAAAACCUACUAAAUAUUUAUAAAACUUUCCAUAAAAUCACAAUAGUUGGCAAUAGGGAUGUUAAAGGGAAGGGCUGGAGCCGCUCCCUACUCGCCACGGGCAGAUGGCUGCUCUAGCUCGUACAGAGUAACCCCUGUCUACGGUGGGCCCCGGGGCUCUUGCCUGCAGUGGGGGAAGGGGAGCUUCUCCAGCCUCCCCACCUGCCUCCCCCUGUAAUCAGUUAACCAGUUAAAUGCUAUAUUUAACCAAUUAAACAUGAUUUUACAUCCCUAGUUGGCAACACUGUACAGGCUAGAACUGAAGUCAAUAGGAGUUUUUCCAUUUGUGCUUUAUGAAACACACCUAAAGAACAACAACAAAAAUAUUUUAGCUGCUCAUUCAAGAAGCAGAGGUUUCUGUUGUCCAAUUGAUGGUAUCUGUUCCCUGAUAUGUGGUGGAACCUGUAGUAGGUUUCCUCUCAGAUAACUGGGGACACUGACUUAAAUGGGAACCAUAUAAAUGCAACAGAGGAGAAUUUGCCUUGUAGUCUGUCCAGAAUAACUGCUUUUCCUGCUUUUAGCAGGGGAUUGGACUCAGUGACCUCCUGAGGUCUCUUCUAACCCUAUGAUUCUUUUAAAUAAAAAAUAAACCCAUCAAAUAGAACAGCUGCUCAGAUACUCCACCAGCUCCUCAGAUACACCAUGGUAAGAGAACACAGAUAAAAAAUAGCCAGAGAUUGUACUAUAUAACAGAUUGAUAUCAAAUAUAGGCAAAUAUUCACAAAUGUGGCACCCUUUCAAAUGCAAACAUUGAAUAACAAAACAAUAAACAAGUCAUAAUGAAAUACUUCCACUGACAAAUUGAUAAUAAGGGGUUAAAGCAGCUUCUCAAGCCUGUCUGUCUGUCAAAGAGAGUGUCUGUCAACAUUUGUUCCAGUUUUAAACAGCUGAUUUGGUUCCCUUUUAUUUGUUAUUUGUGACCAUUUGUGUGAUUGGCUUUUCAGUCAUAUGAAUGUUUGGAGUAUGUUAUGAGCAAUGGUGUAUGGACAGAACCAAAAUUAUUUGCUACUAGUUGUUUGGGAUUUGUCUUUUGUUAGCCUGUUUUUGGGAAAAAAAUUCAAGGCCUGAUUUUCAAAGCUGUGAGCAUCUGUUGCUCCCCAUUACUACAAGGGAAUCUGACUUGCUCAAAACAAGCUAUCAGUCAUCCAAUCAGGGAGCAGAAAUGCUGGCCACAGGAAACCAUUCAAACACUACAAAUAGUAAAUAGCAAAUAAAUGAACUGAACAGCGUGUAAAGAGCUGAUAGGAUGAAAUGUGUUUGCAUGGAAACGGUUCAGUCAAUAUUUUGAAUAAGAAAUAAAUGUUUUGAAAUUGGGUUGUGAACAUUUGGGGGAAAAAAAAGCACCCUGACGUUAUUGGAUCAUGGAGUUGCUUCCGGAAUAAACAGAAGGCGGAAUUUGGCUCCACCGUGACAUUUCAAAAGCCUAACAUCAUGAAACAAGUGUUGAAGAAACUGUUGCUAAGCAACUGGGAUGUUCUAGCUAUAGCCACCAAAGAGCCUCUGAGAUGCAAUUUCUUUUCAGUAAUAUGCAUUCACUUAUCUAAAAUUAAUACAUUUUACUAUACAAUGGCAUAGAAACAUACAUCACAUCAUGUUACAUACAUAGUAUGCAAAUUAUUGUGUUACCCACCUUUGUCUGGAGUGCUUUGUAUUGCAUCCUAUGGUAUUUAUGGAUUUUAAACAUUUUAAAUGAAAACAAUUAAAUUUUUUCUAUUCGCUUAUCCCUGUAAGUUCGACAUUGCAGCAUAGAGCACAGACUCUCCAAAUGUGGCAUCUGACUCCUACAACAUGGAUCAUUUUGUUUUCUUGUGUCCAUUACCGUCCUCUUUCUAUUCUACCUUCUCUGCUAAUCAAUCUUCCAAAAAUGGCAUAAUUUUGUUUUUCAGGUUUCCAGGGUUUUUUUCUUGAAAAUCUGAAAAACCUGUAAGGGAGAAAGCAGAGAAAACAGGAAAUUACCAAGGAAAAUGUUGUUUAAAAAAAAAACCCAAAAAACCUCUCGUUUGUUUUUGGUUGAAUUUUCUUGGAGUGAAGUGCAGAGCGGGAGAGAGGUCACAGGACUGAUGUGCCAGCUCCCGAAUGCUGGUGUGGGGGAGCCCCAGGCCUCGAGAGCUGAAUCCAGAAAAGCCGGGGGCCACACAUCCGACCCUCCGGCCAUAGGUUCCCCAGCCCUGCGUAAGGGGAGGGGCUUUUAGAAGUGGGCGGGCUAAUGCCCACCCACUCCCCUGGGUUCAAAUAGUGCUUAAGGGCUUGCAAUACAGUAAGAAUGGAGUACGAGUGAAAUAAAGCCCAGAUAGGGAAACUAGGAUUUUCCUUGGUGGGAGGCACAAACUAGGAAAAAUAUAGUUAAAAAUGUCAAGUCAACUCUUCCCCAGAAGCACUAGGCAUUGCUUUCUUGCUCCUUCAAAUCUCAGGCUAUGUCUAGACUGGCAUGAUUUUCCGGAAAUGCUUUUAACGGAAAAGUUUUCCGUUAAAAGCA